UUUCUCUUGAAAAUUUCGUAAUCUGUGUUGCUUAAUGUUCAGUGUAUUGUUAUUCUAAAUCAAAAUGAGUUCAGGAAAUUCGGAUGUUGAGCAAAGGCUGGCUCUCUCGUUGGUCGCUCAAUUUGAUGAUUUAAAUCGGCUGAAUAACGUCCUCAACGACGGACAUUCCGAACAAUGUUUCCUAGCAUUUGUGAAGCAGAUGGAGUGGGUGCGCAGCCAAUGGGCCUCGGCGGAGGCGGAGGCUGCUCGGCUGCAGACAGAAUUGAUGGAGGCCCACCAGACUCUGUCCAAGUGGGAGGCCAAGUUUGCACAUGUUCGGAAACUUCUGGAUGGGGAAAAGAGGGAGAGGAACAUUGUUAUGAAGAAGUACAGCGAACUGAGCAAGCUACUAGACAUGGCUCGGGACCUGCUCUUCAAUGAUAACCGAGCAAAGCUGAACGAUGAGACACUGCAAAAGCUAGCUUUCCUCAACGGCACCGCUCAUCAGGAGCAUAAUGCCAGGCUCACUGGUGUCCCUGAGCUAAACUCUACUGGUACGCUCCUCUCAGAAAUGUCCUACUCUCGCUCUGAAGAAGACCUGGAUCUGUCGAUAGCGUCGACCCGCCGCUCGUGGGUGCAGCGGGGAGGCUGGGCGGCCCGAGACGCGUCCGCCGGCAAGAAACGACGCUCUUCUACCAGUUCUGCUACCAAGACGGUGGAGCUGCAGGGCGGCAAGGUGCUGGCCACCGCGACCACCACGCUCACGUUAGAGCGCGCCGCCACCAACCACGACAUGAAGCCGCCCAAGAACUUCCAACCUAUAUCGGAGAGCAGCGACGAGGCGCCCCCGCCGUCGGCCAGCAAGACCUCGGCCCGUUUGUCCGCUAAACGACUCAAGGAGGAGCAUGUGACACCCUCCGCGCCUCCUAGAACUACUGACACGGACACGGCAUCGGACACGCCCAUGCGCACGGUGCAGCGCACGCCGUCGUGCGUGUCGGCCGCGUACGGCGGGUCGCCGCGCGCGCGGCCCCGCCACCACAACUUCGUGGCCAAGAACUUCUACAAGCGCGAGACCUGCGGGCCCUGCGGCAAGACCAUAAAGUUCGCGAAAGUUGGCAUCAAGUGCGAGACGUGCCGCGCCCAGGCGCACCCCGAGUGCCGCGCGCUGCUGCCGCUGCCCUGCGUGCCGCCCGGCGCGGGUUCUAGACGGAACAACGCCUUGGAGGGCUGUAUAUCAGAUUUCGCACCGAGCACCCCGCCCAUGGUGCCCGCGCUGCUGGUGCAUUGCAUCAACGAGGUGGAGAAGCGAGGGUUGUCAGAGCGAGGACUCUACAGGAUCAGCGCCGUUGAAAAGGACGUCAAGCGGUUGAAGGAGCGUUUCCUCCGCGGCUGCGGUUCGCCGCAACUAUCCAACGAAGACAUUCACGUUCUAUGCGGCUGCAUUAAGGACUUCCUUCGCUCGCUUCGGGAACCUCUCGUGUCCAACGCGCUGUGGGCUGACUUUAUGGAAGCAGCGAAGCUAGGCGAGCCGACGGAUGCGGCUGCGGCCGUGGUGCAGGCUGUGAGUCAGCUGCCGCCGCCCAACCGCGACACGCUCGCCUUCCUAGUACUGCACCUGCACAAGGUGGCAGAGAGUCCGGAGUGCGAGAUGGGCAUAGACAACCUGGCCAAGAUCUUCGGACCCACCGUGGUCGGAUACGGCAUGACGCAGGCCGCCGACAUGUAUACUGCCACAGCCCAGAUAGUUAAUGUGAUGCAGCUGCUCCUGCGGCUGCCGGCGGACUACUGGGCGCAGUGGGCCUUCCCGCACGACGCGGGCUCGCCGCUGGCCGCGCCCCGCCCGCGGGGCUUCUUCUUCUCGCCCGUCGACACCGGAGUUCAAAGAAAGAAGAGAAACUAUUUUCAGUGAUUAAAGAAAAAA